UCUGUUUGACGUUUCGUUGGGGAAUGUUUUUUUUUUUAUCACUCCCUUCUGUGUAACUUUGCCGAUUCCAAACAAACGUGCUACAACUUAUACAAUACUUUCCACUACGAUUCCAGUUGAGGUAUGUGGAAAAUGUUGCACGAACUACGCCUGAUUGGCGGCUUGGCAAGGCGUCGGGGAACUGCACUCCACAACACACCUUUAGCCAUGUGCCGUUUGUUUAGUUCCAGCACCACCACCGCCCAAACCGACGGCGAAUCUUUCCUCAUUUAUGAUAAGGAUCCGGCACCAGCGUUCAUGCGGGACGAUGUUCAGCAGUUGCUAAAAUCCAUCACACGCCUGGAGCUGGAGAAGGUGUUCCGGAAGCGGUCGGUCAAAGACAACACGGUCGAGUAUCGGUUCAUGACCGACGAACAGCUCCGCCAAGAGCUGCUGCAAUCGAUUGGAAAGGCACAGAAAAUGCUCCAAAUGCCACCGGUCGUACAAGAACAGAAGGACAACUGUCGCGUUAUAUCGAAGGAUGGGGCACUGAAAGCGCUCUCGACGUCCAAAUUUGUCUUUACCGACAUUACGUACGGCUUGAAGAACAGCCAGCGGUCGAUUGUGGUGCGCCAUCCCGACGGCACCCUGCAGGAAGCUCCGUACGAGAUGCGGAAACGGUUGAAUCAGAUCUACUUCCCGCUUACCGGUCGUUCCAUUCACGAACCACCAAUGUUCGAACACGCGCACCUGCUCCGUCUACUCGAGGAGGGCAAGUACGAGUUCGUGCUUGAUCGGGCCUGCGUACAGUUUGAGCCGUACGAGAAAGAUUACCACCAAAUCACGGCCAAAGUGUACCAGCACGUUAAUGAAAGCCGUUCGUUCGAUGCAUUACGCUCAACGCGUCACUUCGGUCCGUUCGCGUUCUUCCUGGCCUGGCACAAGCUGAUCGACGAUUUGCUGCUGGAUAUGAUCAAGCAGGACUACUUGCGGAACGGGAUCGAACUGAUCGUGCUCUACUCGACGUUGCACGGAACCGCGCUGGACGGGAGCGUGAAACAGGUCGCACUCGAGCCCCAAAUGCCCAACCUGUUCGAUGCGCCUGAAAAAUCGAUCGAAGAGCUCAAGCAAGACGAACAAUUCCUGUCCAUCAUUGAACAGUUUGUGAACGAGCAUGCGACGAAGAAGGUGCAGCUGAGCCUCGCUGUACAGGCGUAUCGGGAAAUGGCGUCGGAAAAGAUUCGCCUUGCCCAGGGCAUUAGGCGAAUGCACGGCGAGAGUUGAGUUGGUUUGGGCUAUUGAACAAUACGUUGGAAUGUAGCAUAGAAAUGUGAAAAUAAAACAGUCGAACACAAUGUUUGGACUUGCAA